UUCCAGGUGUGGAGGCAGCAAAGCGUCACGGAGGGGUCAUUGACGACCCGACCCGACGACCGAAGCGCGCCCCCCCCCCUUAACACACACGGACUCCAUCCACUUCAUCUUGAGAUCAUGAUGCCUUUGACCCGCUAUUGAGCAUGGAAAGAGUUCAAGGUCUCAACAACUAUAACUACAAUAGUCAAAGAAGCGUCAGAAGAACAAGUGUCGAUCUAAAAACACCACCUCAGGGACUUCAUCUUAGUGUGUCUCCCAGUGCCAGAUUCCAUCAUGGACUGGAAUCUGGAUGAUCUUCUCCAAGACUUGGGCGAGCCCCAGCCGCCGUCCAUUUCCAGUCCAUUUCAUUCUCGAGGUCCAACACUCACGAACAAGUCUACACCCUCGUCAUCCGAGUCAGCCUCACUCUAUGUCCCGAAUCUCCACGAUGACCACCUCAUCGACGAGUUGGACAAGAUCCUAAGUCAAGCCAAUAGUCUGGAUGAUGCACGGGCACCUGCAAGGGAGGCUCGACGAUCCCCCAAGGAGGAUGAGCCGGUCCUGGCCUUGGUUCUGCCCCCUCCACCACCAUUUCCCUCCCUGGAGAGCAUUCAUUUGCUCUCGGGUCCGUCUAGUCCCAUGCCUGUUGACCGAGAGGUCACCAGUCCGCCACUCGGAUUUGAAGAGGUCUUACCCCCUCCGGACGAGUACCGAGAUAGUGAUAGUGACACCCCUAGAGAAGACACGACGGCCUCUGAGACAAGAGAUGACAAAGUGGGAGAUGAUUACAGCCAUUCCAGCUUCAAGUUUGAUGAGCAUAAAAAGAGCCAAGGGGGCCUGGUGGUGGUCAGGCCACUCUCGGAGUUAGUUGGAAGUGCAACCAAAUCCCUCGCCUCCACCUCCUCGUCCCCUUCGUCUUCGCCUCGUUGGUCUUUGCCUGACUUGUCUGACAUCAGGCAAAGCAAUGGUCUCGGGAGUUGUCCUAUUAAUGGCAACACCACAGGAAAGAACGCAUGUGAAAGGGCACUGACCUGGGGCUCGAAAUCAGACAUAUCUUCUUCGAAGAGCGGCAGUGGUGUAGGCGGUGGCAGUAACAGUUGUAUGAGCAAUAAUAAUAACAACAACAACAACAAGAACAAGAACCACAGCGGCGUUGCUAGUAGCAACAGCAGUAGCAGUCGUCAUCGACGACGAAGAAACAGCAGUGGGAAUGUUUUAUCUCAAGGCCCCAACAACAUCUCGACCAAAUUUAUCAGUACCUUCCCUGCCUCUUCUAUAUGGGAUGGGGGCAUCCUACCAGGUGAUGGUGGUGGUGAUGGUGGUGGUGAAGACAGCAAGCACGAUCAGGGCCUCAAAGCACCCACUAGUACCUCUUCUCCUACACCAUCUCCUUCUUUCUCCAACCAGACGGUCAUCUAUGACAUCCAACACCAACAACAGGAGCAGCAACAACAACAACAAAAGCAGCAACAACAAAAAGUGAAUGUUCAUCAUCUUGGUGAAGGCAAGAAGGUGAAGGUAAAUUUGAAAACGUUGUCGAUGUCGGCGUCGUUAUCGGCGUCUGCCAACCUGACCACCACGAGCGUAGUAAAUAGGCCUCGUUUGGCAUCGUUUCUCAGCGUUCCUCUCAUGGAGGUAGAUGAGCCUUCCUUGGGGCCCCAGCAUCUGGAGAAUAAGAGGGCUGUCACACCAGAAAUAGAUGAAGUUUACUCAUUGGCCAAGUUACCCACUUUGAUGAUGACUAGUCCUGCUCAAUGGCCCUGUGGCAGUUUCAUUCACAAAGAGGGAAAUGGCCGCCCAGUCAUUGAUGAUGAAGGAGAUUUAAACCCUGGUCAAUCAUCCUCCCUUAUGACGACGUCGUCGUCGCCGCCCUCGUCCUCGACCUCAUCGUCGUCUCCCUCGAUAACAUCGAUAAAUUCAAUGCCUUUGGGUGCUCCUACUGGAUUGAAUAAUCAGUCACCUGGUCAAGCAUUCCGACAAUUUCAAUUUUUUCCCAACUUGGUCUCAUCCCUUGAAGUAAUUCCGACCAAUACCAAAUCAUCGAGCAGCCAUGAGUCCACAGUCAAGGCUCCACUCACAUCAAACCUCAAUGGAAGCGGACGCAAAUCCACGCUCACCAUUGAGGCCAUCAGACCUUCUCAGGGUCAAGGGAUGGCCACCAAAAAGCCCAUGAAUCACCCCAAUCCUAAUGCUCCUCCGGCAUUCAUUUUGAAUUUGCAACAACCCACGAGCCAGUCCUCGAACACCAACAAUAGCAACACUGCCGCCCUACUUCUAAAUCGAGAUCAACCAAGUCAACCGGAAAACAGUCAAAUUAAACCCAAUGCCUCCUCCGCCGCGUCGUGUUCUCUCUCCCCCCUCUCGUCGACAAUGGCAUCCACUUCGUCGUCGGGCAUGGGAGUGCUCACCUCCCUCACCGUCGACAACAUCACUUCCCUACUGUUGAAGAAAUUAAAGGCAGCCGAGACGGAAACCGAGAGCAAAAAGUUGACCUUUGCCUCCCCAAAUCUGGAUUCCGGAACAACAAAGAUCAAUCUCGAGAGUGUGGUGGCCCAACUGGGAGCCCUCAAGCCCUGUUCUCCGACCCCUGAAAAGAAAUCAGACGGAAACCCAAUGAGCCUCAACUCGUCGCCUCCAAAGUUUUCCCUGGCUUUGCUGGGGAUGAACAAUGCUCUAAAUGGUUUUAAUUCAAGCCAAUCCGAAUGGAGACCAACCAAGAUUUCUUUGCCUCCCCCACCUUACCCAUUGACCACUCCUCCCGUCAUGGCCACAUCUGCCAUGACCAGGGAGGCGGACUUGGACAGCGGUAUUGAGAGCAUCGACUCCUUGUCUCCGCCGUCCGAUAUCACUCCGGCUAGCUCCCCUCCCAACUCAGAGUCGGCCCCGCCUUCAGUGGAGCCCCCGUUGAAGUGCUCGGGAGUCAUCUUGCCCAGCGGAGGUCCGGAUUUAGUCGGAGUUCCAUCAUCAUCAUCAUCAUCAUCAUCAUCAUCAUCAUCAUCGUCGACGACGACGACGACGACGACAGUAGCCCUGGGCAUGAUGAAAUCUCUUUCUCCACCGCCUUUGCUACCCGUCUCAUUUGCUCAGACACCCGAUUUGACUUUUUUAAGACCCACCUUGGUGAGUCCGUCUAGCCAAACGCCCACUACAAAGGUGGAGGAGUUGACGAUGGCCUCCUCCUCCUCCUUCUCCUCCUCCUUCUCCUCCUCCUGCUCCUCCUCCUCCUGCUCCUCUUCUCUUUCCUCUUCUCUUUUGUCCUCCUUGUCCUCCUCGUCGUCCUCCCCCUGCACAUCCUCUACAACUUCUGUUCUCACUUCCAUGCUCUCCAAGGAGCCUUUACCCACCAAGUCAAGCACUCUCCUGUCCUCCCUUCUCAAUAGUCAAUCUACCUCGGGCAGUCUCUUGAACCCCAAAUCUGUGUCUAAUUCUUCAACCUCCACCUCGAUUACCACCAUCAUAAGUGGUGUUCUCUCUUCUAAGCCAGUGCCUGGUCUGGCACCUAUCUCCUUCACCAUGAAACCUCUGGUACCAUUAGACCCACCCAAUCAAAAUAAAACCACCAAUCUUAUCGCCAUCAACCCCAAUGAGCUCACAUUGAAGAAGGAACCGGCAGAAGCUCACGUUCCCGACCUGCAAUUCUCGUUGGCGGAGUUCUUGUCCGAUGUGCCAAUUCGGUCAACUCUGGAAGAUCCGGAUUGUGGUCGAGCGAAUAAUAGCAAUAACAAUAAUCACAAAUUGUCCUCCCAAAUUAUGUUGUCCCCACCGGAGAAGCGGAAGAAGCUCUCACAUCCCGAGGCCCCCCUGGACUUGAAUUCUUUGGACCCGGACAAUGGAAACGAGACUUCCACGCCAGCUCAAGAUGACUUUGAGGAUGCCAUGGACACCUCGGCGCCGGAAAUGGUGCCCACGUGGGAUUUGGACCUUAACCUUCGACUCCGACAAUUGGAUAAUGUCCUCUCGUCCAAUCACAAUGACAGUCCACCGGGGCCGACAGUGGAAAGGCUCUCAUCCAAACAACCGGCGGUCUUGCCCCGAUUCUCUGCCCCUGCGUCACAAUCGCCCAUCAAGAAGUUCUCGUGCGACCCCUGCAAGCAAAAUUUCCACUCCUCUCGCAGUCUGAGUCAGCAUCGGAUUAUCCAUCACUCAGAUAACAACAACAAACCCGUCCAGCAAUCAAAAUCCAAGUCCACGGACACGGUGUACGAAUGCCAGUUCUGUGACAUGACCUUCCAUUCAUCUGCGUCGAGAAAUACCCACCGGAGGAAGAUCCAUCAACGCGAUCACCUGUGCGUCAAAUGCGACGUGGCCUUUGGCUCGGCUCAGAAGCUGGACCGCCAUCUCAAGACCCACACCGGGAUCAAGGAGUUCAAAUGUGAGACAUGUGGCAAGGAGUUCAUGAUCGAGCGCAACCUGACUCUCCAUUACAAACUCCACUUGGGUCAGAAGGACUACAAGUGCGACAUCUGCGAGAGGACUUACUUCACCAAGAGCGGAUUGCAGGCCCAUCAGCGCCAGAUCCACAGUUCAAAUACGGGAGAAAUAUUCAAUUGUAAAGAGUGUCAAGUGGCGUUUGCCACCAAGUAUGACUUGCUUCUCCAUCGAAAGAUCCAUCGAGGCGCUUCGGAACGUUGCCCGGUGUGUAACCAGGGCUUCUCCAGUCAAAAUGAACUGAAGCUUCACAAGAUUGCCUGCCACUCGAAUCGCCCGUACGCUUGCACCAAGUGCCCACAUCGGUCCAAAACCAAGGACAAAUUGGACCGCCACAUGCUCUGCCACACCUCUAAGGACACGUUCCGUUGCGAGCAUUGCGACAAAACGUUCGUGUUCAAAAACUCCUUGAAGAAGCACUUGGAGAAGCGUCGUUGUCUGGUCCUCAAGAUGCGUUUAGGUCACGUGGAUGCCAACGGCAAGCCCGUCAAGACAUCGUCCAUUCAGAUCUCGAAGGAGAAGGAGUCCAAUCAACCUGUGGCUCAAGCUCUUCCGUCGGACCUAGUCCCAGUGGCCUCGAUCACGUUGACCCCUCACUUGGGCCAAUACACGCCUGUUCUAGAUCAUCAAAAUCAAAUCGUGCCAAACCUGUGUCCGUCUUCCUCGCCUUCCUCGUCCUCCUCCUCGUCCUCCUCAUCGUCGUCGUCCUCGUCCUCUUCUAUAGCUUCAUUAUCGCCCAUCCCGGCGUCGGCCUCACCCCAAACACCGCAAAAUCAACAUCACAACCAGCUGUCAACGGCAGAGGAGGUCCAACUGAUGGCCAUGUCUGUUUUGAGUCAAAUUACCUCCCUGAAUUCUAGUUCCAAUGAAGAAAGCAACAACCACACCAUUAACAAUUUCAAUAUUAAUUGCCUGGCCAAGUCUUGACCUCGAUGAACUUGCCCCAAACGAAAGGAAGAGAUCGACAUCGUUGAGAGAAAAAUCAUUCCACAAUCAAAAAAUAACGUCCAUACAGGGCUGUCAACUAGUAUUCAAUCUCAGUUUCCCAAUAUUAGAACCGUUAUUACCAAUUAUUAUUACCAUUAUCAUUGUUAUUAUCAUUUUCACGAUUGUUUUCAGCACUAUCACACUGUUAUUAUCAUCAUCUUUUCCAGAUGUAGUAGCCGUCAAUUAGUAGUAUAAAAAUCCCUGUUUCCCCGUUAGACCAAGCAAGAAGCUAAGAUUACGAUAACCCAUUGCAAUAUAGUUCACAUCAGACCAUUUCAAGUCAAAGAGGCCAUUUCCGAGACGUUUGCUCUCAAUCAUCACACCGUAACUGUAUAAACUGCCUUAGGAAUUCAGUCAUAGUUCUUACACCAUAUUUAUAAGUAGAUCAAUUAUAUAAAUAUAUUUAGAACUACUCUAUUGUCGAGAGGAGUAGCAAGAUUAUUCUGGACGUUCUAGACCCCACGUGGAACAUCUUGGACACUUUUGGUACACUCUCCCAAAUCAGCCGUCUGAUAUCUUGAAAUUCUUCUACAUCCGUUUGAUACACUUCAAUCAGCGUUUGAGUAGGGUCUCAAGAUUCUUGUCAUAUCUAAUUCACUUCUGGGUAUUUUGUUACUAUUGUCUAUUUUCAAGUAUUUUUUAUUUGUUGGUGUUGUCCUUGACAGGCCUUUGUUUUUACUUUGAUAUGUUACUACCUUUCGGCCAUCUUGUAUAUUUUUGAGUAAACUCGAUGUCCAUUGUCCCUCCUUGAACCUGUUUCUAUUUCUAGAUCUAUUUAUUCAGGAAGCUCCAAGUAUGAUGAACGAUGAAACUCUGUGACCUCCUGCCAAUCUAUGCAACACAUUCCACGUCCUCAUCGGGAGUUUUUUUUUGACAAGGACCAUGCCUUUCGAGAUGUAUUUAUUAGCCUCCACCUACUUAGCCCAAAUCUAAAACUAUUGAUGAUAUUUCGUGCCCCUUCAAUUAUUCUACAUUCAUUUUUUUUCUUUUUUGGCAUUUCUCUCUCUACAAACAGAUACCGUUAUCAAUCCUUGAUCAAAGAACCUCUCUGUCUCUUCUCUUAUGAUACAUUUCCAUUUCCACGAAAUACAACUGCCGUUAAAACUGUC